GUUUUGACGUGGAUCUCUAUAUAUUGGUUCUCAAGAGCAGGUCCAGCUGCAUCCAUCAGGAUCUACCUCGAGACGGCGAAGAAUGGAGAUAUGCCCAUGUCAGAGGCAAAGUGGAGUCCAAUCCCACUCGGUACCUCAUUCUUCUCGAAAGACGUGAUGGUGGUACCCAAAGCGUGGACACGGGCAAUAGGAAAUGUCGUUUUUGAGUCCGAUCACGACGGCGGGGGUCGCUUUGCCGCUUACGAGCGACCCGAUGAGCUCGCAGCUGACCUCCACAAAUUAUUUGGCAAGGGAGGGCCCGCCUUUGGCGUUGUGUCGGGUGCGACCGGUUAUGCUUGA